AUGGAAAGAGAGUUUCUUGGUAAAGUGGAAGACAAUGCGGCAGUCCAAGUUUGGUCCGAAAAGGUUCAGCAAGAAAAGGGUGAUAGCCUCGCAGAAGGAUACACGUCUGAAUUAUUGGAUUUCACUAGCAUUAGUGUGACUCAAGAUGGUGUGCAAGAGUUGAAGGAAAUAUGGAAUCAGUGGGAUAACAAAAUUAAGCAACUCUUUUACAGCAACUAUGGGGAUUUGCCUUAUUUACUUGAUAUGAGAAUAAACAAACGCUUAUUUCGAGCCCUUGCGCAGUACUGGAAUCCGGCCUAUAGUUGUUUCACGUUGGGAAAAGUAGAUUUGGUGCCUACGAUAGAGGAGUAUACGACCUUACUACGCUGUCCAAGGAUCCAAGUUGACAAGGUCUAUUCAAGAUCAGCUAAUGUCCCGACAUUCUCGAAGAAAUUAAUGUGCAUCACAGGAAUGAGUGAGCAAUGGGUCACCGCCCGGAUUAAGCAAAAGGGGGACAGUAAAUGCAUACCUUGGAGGAACUUGCGAGAUUUAAUCUUGGCACAUCCAGAUGAAAAGAAAAGGGUUGAUAUUUUUGUAUUGAGCGUUUAUGGCUUGGUUGUCUUCCCAAAAGCAUUAGGCCAUGUGGACGAGGCAGUUUCAGAUUUGUUUGAUAGGCUUGACAGAGGGGUUACACCAGUCCCAGCAGUUUUGGCCAAAACCUUCAGGUCCCUAAAUGCAUGUCGAAGAGCAGGAGAGGGAAGGUUCAUUGGAUGCGCGCAACUGCUAUUGGCGUGGUUCCAUAGCCAUUUUUGGAAGGUGGAAAAAGUCUCAUAUCGGGUCUUCUCAGAAAGCUACUCCCCACUAAAGGAACUAGUAGCUACACCAAGACGAGACGACAUCACGGAGGAGAAAUGGAUGGCAAUUCUCCAAAAUCUUCAAGAGGAUGAUGUUGAAUGGAAGGCCCCUUGGAUGGUGCCCGAUGAAAUCUUAUACCGAUGUGGGGACUUUAACUGGGUCCCUUUGCUUGGGAUUUGGGGAGUUGUCAGAUAUACCCCUUUGUUGGUAUUAAGACAGUAUAGAUAG